CCUCCUUUCUUCCCUUUCUCUCUCUCUUCCAUCGCAACCUUUUUCUCUCUCUCUGAAACUUACUGUAAUUUUUUCUUUUCCUCUCUCACUUUUUUCCCUUCUCAGCUUUUGUUUGUCCCUGUUAUUGAAAACAGUCUCCUGUUCUUGUUCUGGUUUCUAAUCUUAUUGGUUGGAUUGGAUCUGAGUUCUGUUUUGUUUGAGAUUAUCAAUUAUCAUCAACAACAGGUACUCUAACUUCCAUCUACAAGCCAAAGUACUAGAAGCUUUUAAAGCUGCAAAAGCAGUAUGGCUGUUUCCAUGAGAGAUUUAGAUCCAGUCUUUCAGGGAGCUGGACAAAAGGCUGGAAUUGAAAUAUGGCGCAUUGAAAACUUCCAACCUGUUCCUGUUCCGAAAUCCAAUUAUGGCAAGUUCUUCACAGGGGAUUCCUACGUAAUUUUGAAGACUACUGCCUCAAAAAGUGGUGCCUUACGACAUGAUAUACAUUAUUGGCUUGGUAAAGAUACCUCUCAGGAUGAAGCAGGUACUGCUGCAAUCAAGACUGUUGAGCUUGAUGCAGCUCUUGGAGGACGUGCUGUGCAGUAUCGUGAAGUACAGGGUCAUGAAACUGAGAAGUUCCUCUCUUAUUUUAAACCAUGUAUCAUACCACAGGAAGGUGGAGUUGCAUCUGGGUUCAAACAUCCUGAGGCUGAGGAACACAAUACACGUUUGUUUGUGUGUAAAGGCAAACAUGUUGUCCAUGUUAAAGAGGUUCCUUUUGCUCGUUCCUCUCUCAGCCAUGAUGAUAUCUUUAUAUUGGAUACCAAGUCAAAAAUUUUCCAAUUUAAUGGUUCCAACUCAUCCAUUCAAGAGAGGGCCAAAGCCUUAGAGGUUGUUCAAUACAUUAAAGAUACUUAUCAUGAUGGAAAAUGCGAAGUAGCUGCCGUUGAGGAUGGAAAGUUGAUGGCUGAUGCUGAAACUGGAGAAUUUUGGGGUUUUUUUGGUGGCUUUGCCCCACUUCCAAGGAAAACAGCCAUUAAUGAGGAUAAGACUGUGGAUUCAUAUCCUACUAAGCUACAUAGUGUUGAGAAGGGGCAGACAGAACCAGUUGAAGCCGAUUCUUUGACAAGGGAGUUGUUGGACACAAACAAAUGCUAUAUACUGGAUUGUGGGCUGGAAGUCUUCAUAUGGAUGGGUAGAAAUACAUCCCUUGAAGAAAGGAAAAGUGCAAGUGGAGCUGCAGAAGAAUUAAUCCGCAGCUCUGAUAGACCAAAGUCCCACAUUAUUCGUGUAAUUGAGGGAUUUGAGACAGUUAUGUUUCGGUCUAAGUUUGAUACAUGGCCACAGUCAAAUAAUGUUGCUGUUUCUGAGGAUGGUAGAGGCAAAGUUGCUGCUCUUUUACAACGGCAAGGGGUUAAUGUCAAGGGUCUUUUAAAAGCUGGUCCUGCAAAAGAAGAACCACAACCAUAUAUUGAUUGCACUGGAAAUUUGCAGGUUUGGCGUGUAAAUGGUCAGGAAAAGAUUCUCCUUCCAGCUGCUGAUCAAUCAAAGUUCUACAGUGGAGAUUGCUAUAUUUUUCAGUAUGCAUAUCCUGGAGAAGAGAAAGAGGAAUAUCUUAUCGGAACAUGGUUUGGAAAGCAGAGUAUUGAGGAAGAAAGAGCUUCUGCCAUUUCACUGGCUAGCAAGAUGGUUGAAUCAUUGAAGUUUUUACCUACCCAAGCUCGUUUUUAUGAAGGAAGUGAACCAAUUCAGUUCUAUUCAAUCUUCCAGAGCUUUAUUGUCUUUAAGGGUGGUCUAAGUAAUGGAUACAAGAACUCCAUAGCAGAAAAGGAAAUCCCAGAUGAGACUUACAAUGAAGAUGGUGUUGCAUUAUUCCGAAUACAGGGUUCUGGACCUGAUAACAUGCAAGCAAUACAAGUUGAAACAGUUGCAUCAUCUUUGAAUUCUUCGUAUUGUUACAUAUUACAUAGUGGUUCCACUGUCUUUACAUGGACUGGAAACCUUACUACCACAGAGGACCACGAACUUGUUGAGAGGCAGCUGGAUUUGAUAAAGCCUAAUUUACAAUCCAAGCCACAGAAGGAAGGUUCAGAGUCUGAACAGUUUUGGGAGCUGCUAGGAGGAAAAUCUGAAUAUUCAAGCCAAAAAAUUGCAAGGGAAGCUGAAAGUGAUCCUCAUCUGUUCUCUUGCACAUUUUCAAAAGGUAUGGAAAACUAUAUAUCUGUUAGAAAACUUCUUUCAAAAUUUCUUAUUAUGUCCAAUAUAAGAUGUCAAUUUACUAUUUUCUAAUUUCUUUUCUCUUGUUAAUGGUCAUGGUAACUGCAAACUACCUAUGGAAUUGCAGGGAAUCUGAAGGUGUGUGUUUACUUUCUAGUCUUACUUUCUAAUUUCUUGUGGACUAUGAUGUAUGUAGUUUAAAUUAUAUUUCAAUUAAAAUUCAAGAAUGAGUUCAAUCUUGAUUUUUAUUUUUUUAUAUUCUAUCUGUUGAUGGAUUAUGCUAGCCAGAGUUUAUUAUGAUAUUCUUUUGAAUCAGAGCUCAUUAUGAUUAGGGGCUUGCAAUUCCUGGAUUUUAUAAUCUUGUGACACUAUUUGAAUGGAACGAGUUAGAUUUAAUCAAAUUAUAGACCAUAUAAAGCCUGAUGUUUAAA